UCCUUCGUCCAGGAGAUGUUAUUAGAGUUGACCGAGACAAAAUGCUGCUCCUGCCUGCUAGUACACCGCUCCACUGGCGCUUAAAUUAUCCAUCGUAAGCACGCGACGAUUCUUCCAAUCUUCCUCACGAGUUUACUUCUCCUAUUCUGAAUCAAGUGGUUCGUGUUUUGCAUUCAAUCCCGUCGUCGUUCCGAAUUCCGAGAGCGGCAGCGGCUCGUUUCUCUGUUUUUCUUUGCUUUUCCCAAACGACUCCUCAAAUCAGAAUCUCUAACUGAGGCACGAAUUGUUCUGCCUUUCCACCGCUCCCCCCGUCUCGCGCCUCCAUUUCGAGCACGCAGUGAUUCGCUUCGCUCACCUCUGUCCCGCAGCCAGCCGUGGAUGCAUGUGUGGCUGCUGCGGCUGAGAGCCCAGGAUGGUGAUGAGCAGCAACAGCAAUGGGAAGAGCCUCGAGAGGGUCGUCUCCAGGAGGGCUCUGCAGGCCGCUCCCUGCAACAAGGCAUGGGCGCUGGGCUUCCUCUCCGGCGUCUGCGCCGUCUACCUCCUCGGCGCCGCUCUCCCUCCGGUGAUCCAAAUACCUCUCACCCGCCACGUAGUAGACAGUGUUGUUCCUGCUGCUGCUGCUGCCACUGCAGCAACAGAUGGCGCCCCAGCUGUUCUGCAUAGAAAGACAGGAGCCAGCGUGAUGCAGCUGUACGAUGCCUGGAGCGCUUCGUUGAGUCUGAAUGGCACCGGCGAUGAAGACCUUGGAAGUUCAGAUUCAGAUACGCCACGGCCGCCUCAUCUGGAUGACUGCAGGCGUAAUCUGGAGAGGGACAGGCGAUUCGACGGCUACGGCGAUGACGGAGCAUUUCCUCCCUGGACGUUGUGGAAAGGGGCACUUGGGCUUGAGCUGUUUGACCGAAAGUUUUCAGGAAAUGAGGAGCAGGCGUUUUUCAGGACUAGUGCUAAGUCUGACAUGCCGUAUCCACCUUGGAUUGUAGGGUCUGAUGAAGAAAACUAUCCGUUGACAAGACAAGUGCAGCGAGAUAUAUGGGUUCACCAGCACCCUCCAAACUGCAGUGAUCCGAGCUUACGGUUUCUGGUCGCCGAUUGGGAGAGGCUGCCGGGGUUUGGCAUGGGCGCGCAGCUUGCUGCAAUGUCAGGACUCCUUGCCAUCGCCAUUAAAGAGAAAAGGAUUCUGGUCACAGGUUACUACAAUCGAGCCGAUCAUGACGGUUGCAAAGGCCUGUCAAUAUCUAGCUGGUCCUGCUACUUCUUUCCCGAGACAUCUCCGGACUGCCGAAAGCGCGCUUUUGAGCUCAUGCAAAGCAGAGACUCUUGGGACAAUGCAAUUGUGAAAGUGAAGGAAAAUUAUACCUCCAAGCAAAUAUGGGCCGGGCGAAUACCUAGGACGUGGGGAGAACCAUGGAAAUUUAUGCAACCAACAACGGAUGUACACGGGAUAUUGAUUACGAAUCACCGUAAAAUGGAUAGGAGAUGGUGGUUAGCACAGGCUGUACGAUACCUAAUGAGGUUCCAGAUGGAGUAUACAUGCAGACUACUGAAUGUGGCUAGGCAUUCUGCAUUCGGUGUGCAGGCAUCAGAGUUGGUUCUUGGAAAUGUUCAGAAUGAUGUUGAUCCACCGCAGGACAUCAAAACUGGAAAAACGGAAUCUGAUGUCAAGCGGCUUGUGUGGUCCGACCAUAAACCAUAUAUGCCCAGGCCUCUUCUCAGCAUGCAUGUAAGGAUGGGAGACAAGGCUUGUGAAAUGGUAGUGUCUGGCUUUGAUAAAUACAUGGAGCUGGCUGCCGGGCUCCGCAGACGUUUCCCAGGUCUCAGGAACAUCUGGCUCUCCACUGAAAUGCAGGAAGUCAUCGACAGGACUAAACUACAUCACACCUGGAAUUUCUACUUCACGAACGUGACACGACAAGAUGCCAAUGUGACCAUGGCGGUGUACGAAGCUAGUCUGGGACGUGAGACCGGCACAAACUAUCCCCUCGUCAAUUUCAUCAUGGCCACCGAAGCAGAUUUCUUUAUUGGAGCCCUGGGAUCAACCUGGUGCUACCUCAUUGAUGGAAUGAGGAACACCGGGGGAAAGGUGAUGUCCGGCUAUUUAUCGGUGAACAAAGAUAGAUUCUGAUUCAAUGGAUCAGACCAAUGUCAGUCAGGUGAUGCGAAAAGAAUGUCAAAUGUGCCAUUUCUAAAUGGAGAAAGAAGUAGUACAGCAUGUAUGUAUGCACUCAGAUUUCUGUGCUGUAUAAAACCCCUCUUUAUCCAACCUUUUCCAUGUCACCCUAGAGGCAGAUUCGCAGUUCCUUGCAUAGAGUGACGCACUAGUCGCUGCUCAACCAUCCAUUCAGGCAACCACUGCUUCAGGAGAUGGAUGGACCCUGUAACAGUGCCCUGAAGAAAAAGGACAGACUGUUGUGUGACACAACGUUGUACCGAGUGGAGUGCAACACUAGGAUCAUCAAGGUAGUGGACAUGAGAUCACUGCAUUUCAGCUUGCUCCCCACUUCAUGGGGGUGGUGAGAUUCCUUUUGGAUCGGAGCCGGCAAUGGCUCAGCCGACUGGGUACGCCAGGCCCAGGCGUAAGCAUGUAAUUGUGCUUGCUCGUCGUGCCUCCUCGGUGGAUCCAUUGACCUUGUGAAUCAUUUUGGAUGAGGAGCAAUGCAUUCAGGAUCCAGCAAAUGGUUUGUGUUUCAUGUGGCUGUAACUGUGUGGAGUUGAUGCAGAUGUAAUGAAAUUCUGGAGCAAGCAAGGAUGCACUACUGCAUGGUUGAUCAUUGCAAUUGCCUCAAUGGCAAUGUUAGGUAUCAGAAAGUGGUAUAUUCUGGUAAUGCCAUUCUUAUCUGACGGAUGGAGAUCCUACAUAGUAGACUAGCAAGUAGCAAUGCAUGAAAUGAUCAGCUUUCCUGUGAUUGAAACAUUCUGAAGCGUGACCGCAACCAAAAGAAAAGAAAGAGGAAGAAGGGAAAACUGGAUUGUGGCAGUCCAGUGAGUCUAUGG